GUAUUCACAAGUUAUCUCUCAGUGAGAAUCAAUACAUUCUCCCUGUGAUGGCCUUUGGAACUUUAGAGUGUCUUUUUGUUUUUCUCCACUGUUGUGGGUGUUGAGCAAAGGGCCUGAUGUAUUUACUUCUUCAUUAACACAGAAUACUCCAACAGGAAGUAUAACUAGCUCAGCUGGUGGUACAGCAAAAACUCGCAUGUUAAUCUAAGCCUCUCAAACAGGAAAUGACUAUGACUUCUGUGCUAUAGAGACUUCAGUUGAAGAGCAUUUGUGGUUAUUAACCAGUUGAGAGUUUCCUUCGGUGUGAACGGUGCAUGUGAUGGCCCAGACAAAAGAUCCUAACUUUGGGCAGUCAUCAGGCACUAACUCUGCCCUUCAGAGGCUGGACACCUUAGCUAGCCGAUUUUUUUACAAAUGUCGAAAAGGGCACCAGGAGAAAGGACUAGAAAACGAGGGGCCACAUGUGUCAGAGUAUACCGUCCUUUGGGAUGCAACAAUGAAAGAAUUCUUGGCAAAAGCCAAAGAGGAUUUCUUGAGAAAAUGGGACUGUCAGCCACAGAGCACAUCAAGUCUAGGUGACUUUGACAGACUGAAAACUCUUGGCACUGGAUCUUUUGGAAGAGUAAUGCUAGUCAAGCACAGACAGUCGGGACGAUACUAUGCUAUGAAGAUUUUGGACAAAGAAAAAGUGGUGAAACUUAAACAGAUAGAACACACAUUAAACGAGAAGAAAAUAUUACAAGCAGUGUCCUUUCCUUUCCUUGUGAAGCUGGAGUCCGCUUUUAAGGAUCAUUCAAAUUUAUACAUGGUCAUGGAGUAUAUCCAAGGAGGUGAGAUGUUCUCACAUCUGAGACGGAUUGGAAGAUUCAGUGAGCAGAACGCACGGUUCUUUGCUGCUCAGAUUGUUCUGACAUUCGAGUAUCUUCAUGCUCUAGACCUCAUCUACAGAGACCUUAAGCCUGAAAACUUGCUCAUCGAUCAUCAGGGAUACAUCCAGGUAACAGACUUUGGCUUUGCCAAACAUGUCAAAGGCAGAACUUGGACGUUGUGCGGUACACCAGAGUACCUGGCGCCAGAGAUCAUUCUCAGCAAGGGCUACAACAAAGCUGUUGACUGGUGGGCAUUGGGCGUUCUGAUCUAUGAAAUGGCUGCUGGAUAUCCACCUUUUUUCGCUGAUCAACCUAUUCAGAUCUAUGAGAAGAUUGUAUCUGGCAAGGCACGAUAUCCUUCACACUUUAGUUCAGACCUGAAGGAUCUUCUGCGCAAUCUGCUGCAGGUGGACCUCACAAAACGCUUUGGCAAUUUGAAAAAUGGAGUCAGCGACAUCAAAAACCACAGAUGGUUCGCUACAACAGACUGGAUUGCAAUCUAUGAGAAGAAGAUUGAUGCUCCCAUCAUACCAAAGUGCAGAGGGCCUGGAGACACGAGUAACUUUGAUGAGUACGACGAGGAAGACGUCCGGGUAUCUGUCACAGAGAAAUGUACAAAAGAGUUCUUGGAGUUUUAGGGUUUCUGUAAAGGCUUUAGUUGAAGUUUACAUGGUUAUUUUGUCUUGUUAUGCACCUUCAAAGUUGAAUCCAAGAACAUCACAAUUCCUUCCACGUUGCUUAAUUCAGAGACUUUGGGAGAUUUGGAAAUUCACAGGUGCCUUUAGCAGUGAAGUGUAAUCUACGGCAUCAAAAAAAAAAGAUAGUCUUCUGUUUGGAAAGAUUAUAUGUUAAUUUAAACAAUGAAUAAAGCCUUUUUUUCCUGCAUUGUACAAUUUUUUUUUUUCAUUCGUGCUACACAUUAAGGAAAUGUAGCCUAUAUGCUCAGUAUUAAUACAUGAGAAAAACUCAAUUCUACAUUAUGUUUAAGUGUGUGUAUACGAUAUCUGUCUGUGGAAUAUGUGUGCCGAAGAAAGCUUUUGGAUGUUCAGAAAUAUCAAAAGAUAAAGAAAGUGUUUAAAAUGGCACUGAAAUUGUAAUGAAAAGAUGCCUUUGAUUUGUGCACCUUUUACAGUCAUCUUAUAUGGGCCAUGUGAAUACUUUUUUUUUUAAAGAUAAAUAGUAUAUCUGCUGUAGAGAUAAUGAUGUCCAAUUUUGGGACAAUUUAUUUUGACACUGAAUAAAAGAAAAUUAUUUACAUUGCUUUAUAAUGUCCAAUGCCUUUUGUCAGUUCUGUUUGUCUGGGAGUACUGUUGGAAGUAUAAUUGUGAAAAAUGCUACUAUUUUGGUUGUUUGUUUGUUUGUUUGUUUUUUGUGGGGGGGGGGAGCUAAAUGUCUGACGACAUUAGCAAGAGAAACUCUGAUUGGUUAACAUAUUAUGCAGUACAUAUAUUAAACAGGUGAUGCUCUGUAUGCCAAUUGUAUAUAUUCCACAAUACACAGGUAACACCUUUUUAUUCACCUUAUCUCUGCACAGGUCCCAUAAUUCAGUUGCACAACCUCUCAUGCUUGAUUGUAUUAUGUUGCAUGUGCAUUUAUUAAUUUGACACAAACUCGUUCAAUGCAUCCUACACAUUGUGAAAAAAAAACAAAAGCUAUGUGAGAAAAGAACACUUUUUAAAAAAUGUAAUAAACAACUUUUUUUUUCAGCUUA